GCGCGGCGCCGCCAGGCACGUCGCACGAUGAGCAGCACCGACCUGGAGCGCAUGUCGCUCGGCUCCUCGGCCAACUCCGUGGCCUCCAGCGCGCGGACGCUCUCGGCCAACGUGCGCAAGCUGCACAACGCGCUCAACCUGCUGCUGAACGACUUCGAGAGGGAGCAGUUCAUCCACUGCCUCAACGUGUACCACUCCAAGCGCAACGUGUACGACCUGGUGCAGACCCUCAACGUCAUCCUCAACGCGCCCAGCAAGCGCCAACUUCUGCCCAUGCUGCGGCUGGUCAUCCCCCGCUCCGACCAGCUCCUGUUCGAGCAGUACACCUCGGAGGGCCUCUACUUAAAGUCGGAUUUGAUCGCGAGCAACGGCACCGCCGAUCCGCCCCCUCCUCCUCCGCCGCCUCCUCCGCCUCCGCCGCCGCCGCCUCCUCUGCCGGGAGACUUCCCCGGCGCGAGUCCGACCCUCCCGGGCCACUACUCGCCGAACAACCCGGCGGAGUUCCAGGUGGCGCUCCGGGGCUCGCCGGAUAGUUUCAGCACCAGCAGCGACGGGACAGCUCCGCUGGUGCCUCUGCUGGGCAGGAACUUCAUCCACGAACCGCCGGGCGAGCUGCGCCACGUCUGCAUGAAGCGGCACAAGAGCAACGAGGGGCUCGGCUUCAGCAUCCGCGGCGGCUCCGAGCACGGCGUGGGCAUCUACGUGUCCCUGGUGGAGCCGGGCAGCCUGGCGGAGAAGGAGGGGCUCCGGGUGGGGGAUCAGAUCAUGAAAGUCAACGACAAAGUCUUCGAAAAAGUCACGCAUGCGGAAGCAGUAAAGGUGCUGAAGGGCAGUAAGAAGCUGAACCUCUCGGUGCGUUCUGUCGGGCGGAUCCCCGGCGGCUACGUCACCAACCACGUUUACACCUGGGUGGACCCCCAGGGCCGCAGCGUGUCCCCGCCCCCCGACCUGCCGGAGCACCGCAGCGCCACCCUGAGGCGGAGCGACAGCCAGCGGCGGAGCAACAUGCAGCUGCUUCAGGAAGGAGACGAGAAAAAGGUGAACCUGGUGCUGGACGACGGCCGGUCGCUGGGCCUGAUGAUCCGGGGAGGAGCUGAGUACGCUUUGGGUAUUUACAUCACUGGAGUGGACCAGGGAUCAGCAGCGGAGUGCGGCGGACUCAAGGUCGGCGACCAGAUCCUGGAGGUGAACGGCCGCAGCUUCCUGAGCAUCCCGCACGACGAGGCCGUCCGGGUCCUGAAGUCGUCGCGGCACCUGAUGAUGACGGUGAAGGACGUGGGCCGGCUGCCGCACGCCAGGACGGUGGUGGGCGAGACCAAGUGGAUCGCCAGCUCGCAGAUCGCCGAGAGCUCUGCCAACAGCAGCGUGGCAGGCUUCUCUGUGGACCAAGGAGCCUCUGCAGCAGGAAAGCCUUCGUUCUAUAAGGGCGUGGCGGGCUCCCAGGUGACCCUGUCCAGCCUGGUGAACCAGUCCCGGGCCAUGCUGGAGGAGCAGGCGCGCCACCUGCUGACGGAGUCGGAGCGGCAGACCAUGGGCUACUACGUGGAGGAGUACCGGGACGGGCACAUCGGCGUGGAGCAGCUGGUCAUGGCGCUGUUUGAGCUGCUGAACACGCAUGCCAAGUUCUCUCUGCUGUCAGAGGUCCGCGGCCUCGUCGCCCCGCAGGACCUGGAGCGCUUCGACGGCCUGGUGCUGCGGCGCGAGAUCCAGGCGCUGAAGGCCCGGCAGGGGAGCGCCGGAGCCUCGGCGCUGCAGCCGGACUCGCUGUCCAUGGUGUCCUACCCCGACACCCUGACCUCGUCCUCAGCCAGCUUCAUGACCAACACCACGCUCAGCUCUGCACGGAACGACAGCAUCAUGGAGAGCAAUGAGGAGGAUCCGCCGGAGAGCCUCAACACCCUGCUGACCGACAUCUCUCUGGAUGACGUUCAGUCCGUCCCGGCCGAGUCCCCCCCCUCCUUCAAGCCUCCGCCCCCGCCGGGGGUUCAGAGGCGCCCCACUCGCCGGGACGUGGUCAACAAGUGCCCGUCGUCCGAGUCCUCCCACUCGGGGUUGUACUUCACGGCGCCGGCCUCGCACGGCCACGGCAAGCAGCCGGGGCGCGGCCCCGCCUCCCCCUCCGCGCAUCACAAGCGGGAGCCCCCCAAGGACCCGUCCCGGGAGUACGCCGCCAUCAGAAAAAAAGACCGCCCGACGCCUCCGAAGAAAGACCACAUGACCUCGGCUCAGCUGUCCAAGGUGGGCCAGCACAGCAUCGGCCCCUUCCCGAGGGUCCAGUCCCCAAACAGAGGCGCCAAACCCACCGUCCAUCCCCCGUCCCCUCAGCCGCCCCCUCCACCACCGCUGCCCGCUCCCCCGCCCCCGCCCGCCCUGCCCGCCAAACCCGCGUCCAUGUCCAAAGCCGGCUCCGCCCUGUCUCCGGGCUCCAAGCAGCAGUUUGUGACGGUGGAGGUCCACAGGCCCAACGGCGAGCCGGACGUCAACGAGGUGCGGCCGCUGCCCCAAGCUCGAGGUGGCGCCCUGUCUCAGCUGUCAGACAGCGGACAAACGCUCAGCGAGGACAGCGGGGUGGACAUAGCUGACUCAGGGCAUGUCAGCAAAGACAGCAGCCCUCACUCCUCACGCACACGCCUCCCGCGGGACGCCCCGGGCGGCGCGGGGGACAACCCCUCCAAACCGCCGGGGCUGCUGGAGCCCACGUCCACGCUGGUGAGAGUGGCAAAGAGCGCCAGCACCCUGGGGAUCGCCAUUGAAGGCGGAGCCAACACUCGCCAACCUCUGCCACGGAUCGUCACUAUACAGAGGGGCGGAUCAGCUCACAACUGCGGCCAGCUGAGGGUGGGCCAGGUCAUCCUGGAGGUCAACGGCGUCUCGCUGAGGGGCCGGGAGCACCGGGAGGCGGCGCGCCUCAUCGCCGAGGCCUUCAAGACCAAAGACAGGGACCACGUGGACUUCCUGGUGACCGAGUUCAACGUGGCGCUAUAGCCGAGCGGAAGAGGAGGCGGGGGGCGGCGAGGCGUUCAGGCGUCGGGAUUAUAAUGGCACAACUCUGACAUGAACCUCACCGAACCACCGGCCGGAUCUCUGAGCCCUUCUUCUUUCUCAUGAACUGGAACUCUAGGAUUUACAAAGCGUUUCCUCCAUUCUGGACUUUCUCCAGGAUCCUCCUCAACCUGUUACCUCCCCACUGUGAGACCUGCAGCCCCGCAGUGGG